UUAACCCCCUAGUCCCCUGUCCCGGCCACUUCCGCUUCCGCCUAGGCAGAACUGAAGUUACCACCAUGACUCGCUUCCCGUUCAUCGGAAUUGCUAAACUAUGAAGAUAAGAUGGUCUCUUUAUCUACAAAGGUCCAAGCUGCCCACAGCAUUUUCUCAAUAAACAGUACAGACCGACUGGUGCCUAUCUUAACUCCUAAAGACACACUCAGAAUCCAACUUGAGUACCAACAACAACGUGUAUCAGUUCAGAGUGGGGACAAGGCUCUGUCGUCAGCAUACUCUGGGUACAGUGUUUCUUGAAAAUAUGGCAACUUGGGCAGAUUACAGUUAAUAUUGAAGAGAUUGACUACCCUGAAGGCGAGGCAACAGAGAUGCCCUAGUGGAAGAAAUACAUGUCAGGAUUGGGAUAUUGGUGUCAACUUGACUGAUCCUAUGUUUAGAGGAAUUUAUAGAGGGAUUCAAAAACACCAAGAUGAUUUCUUGGAUAUAAUAGAAAGAGCAGUCCAAACUGGUGUUAAAAAGUUUAUGAUUACAGGUGGAAGUCUACAGGACAGUAAAGAUGCCCUGAAUUUGGCAAAGACAAAUGAUAUGUUUUACAGCACAGUUGGAUGUCAUCCUACCCGCUGUGGAGAAUUUGAAAAGAAUAAUCCUGACCUUUAUUUAACUGAGCUACUAAAUCUUGCUGAAAAUAAUAAAGGAAAAGUUGUAGCAAUAGGAGAAUGUGGAUUGGAUUUUGAUAGAUUACAGUUUUGUCCCAAAGAUACACAACUCAAGUACUUUGAAAAACAGUUUGAACUGUCAGAACAAACAAAGCUACCCAUGUUUCUUCAUUGUAGAAACUCACACACUGAAUUUUUGGACUUAAUGAAGAAAAAUAGAGACAGAUGUGUGGGAGGAGUGGUACAUUCAUUUGAUGGCACAAAGGAAGAAGCAGCUGCAUUGAUUGACAUGAAUCUUUACAUAGGAAUUAAUGGUUGCUCACUGAAAACUGAGGCCAACCUAGAAGUGUUAAAGUCAAUACCUGGCGAAAAAUUAAUGAUAGAGACUGAUGCUCCUUGGUGUGGAGUCAAAAAUACUCAUGCAGGAGUAAAAUAUGUAAAAACUUUAUUUCCCACAAAAAAGAAAUGGGAAAGUGGGAGUUGUUUGAAGGACAGAAAUGAACCUUGUAAUAUUAUUCAGAUUCUGGAGAUAAUGGCAGCAGUAAGAGAUGAUGAUCCACUUGAAUUGGCCAAUACACUGUAUAACAACACCAUUAAAGUCUUCUUUAAAGACAUGUAAAGCAGCCAUUUUCAUGUUUCAUUGUAUUUGUAAAACUGCAUGGCAAACCGUACUGUAAACCUUCAAUAAAAGUAUGAAACUUACUUAACUAAAGAG